ACUUCCGUACACAACUAUCAGCUGAUGACGUGUGCAGUCCACUGCCGCUGCAGUUAGCUAAGCGGCUAACGCAAGCUUCCUAGACGUCAGGAUAAAAGUGAAUUCUCUACUACAACACGGUUAAAAAUAAGACCAAUUCAAGACGCGAAAAUGGAGACGCUUUAUCAUCAGACAAACAAGGAGAUUCAUGAGGUGCAGUCUUAUAUGGGUGGUUUGGAGAAGACGGAUCGAGAGUCGGUACACCUAUUGGAAAAUGACAUACAGGCACGAGUCGACAGGAUCUUCACACACGUAGAACGGCUCGAGAUCCUGGCCAGUAAGGAACCUCCAAACCGUCGCCAGAACGCUAAACUGCGCGCGGACCAGCUCAAGUACGACAUCCAGCACCUCCAGACAGGCCUGCGGAACUUCCAGCACCGCCGCUACCAAAGGGACGCCCAGGAUCGAGAGAGGGAGGAGCUCAUGAGUCGCACCUUCACCACUAACGACGCAGAUACCUCCAUCCCUAUGGACGAGACGCUACAGAUGAACUCCAACUUGCACAACGCCCAUCAAGGCAUGGACGACCUUCUGGGCAGCGGCUCAAGUAUCCUCAAUGGCCUCCGAGAUCAGAGAGGCACACUCAAGGGCACCCAUAAGAAGAUGCUGGACGUGGCCAACAUGCUGGGGCUGUCCAACACGGUGAUGAGGCUGAUCGAGAGGAGGGCCACGCAGGAUAAGCUCAUCAUGAUCGGAGGCAUGUUGCUCACCUGUGUCAUCAUCUUCCUGGUCAUCAGAUACCUCGGCUGAGCACACAGCCACACUCCGAAGGGGAGGCGUUUGAGACGCUUGGGUUAUUUCUGGGGACAGGUUUGCACCACAGCCCUCCUGAUAUGUGAAGAAACAAAGAUGGAAGCACCGUUUGAUGGUGUUUUCUGUGGACAAGGAUCAAAAUCACCACGUUUUUCUUUUUUCAAUGAUUGUGGUAUCGGUAUUCAAUGUUGACUCUUAGUAGUUGGUGAUAUUGUAAGACAGCUUAGGUAUUGCAUCAAGUAUUUAAUUUCACCCCAAAAGAGGACGUUGAUUUAACUUUGGGUCAAUGACAUCCAUGGUUGAUUUAGCCAUAAUAUUUAGCUCAACCUGAACCUGAAAUCCAACAGAUUUAGAUGUAGAGUAUUUCUUUCUGUUUGCCGUCUUAUCUUUUAAUAUCUUAUCAAGCAUCCAUUCUGUUGUCUUUUUAAUACUUGUGCCACCGACGAUGGAACUGGAGAAACAGGACUUUGGGGGAAUGCUUUUAAAGUGAUCAUACUUAAAAUAGGUCUCCCAAUUUCAAAAUGUUUGAUCAAUGAGGAUUACGAUGGACCAGUCAAACUAUGCUGGGUACAGGGACCUUUUGUCACCUAAUACAAUACUGUUGUUGAUACUUAGUAACCGUAGGAUUCACAUUUGGGUCCAAUCUCACUGAGUCAGUGUUUUAGCGGUUAUUUGAAUAAAGAAUUAGUGUACCUGUGA